AAUAACGGAAUUGGAAUAAAGAAAUAAUAAACUAAAAAUUAUGAGUCUGAAGUAGCCUUUUCCAUUUGAAAAAUAUCGAGUAUCGUAAAACGAAUAUCGAUGUUUUUUUUUCUUUCUUUUAAUCAAAAAGCAAACUAAUACCCAGUUUCUGUCACAAUUUGUACGUAUGUUAAGUCUGUCAGACAGAAAUUAGCACAUUAUUUUCGAAUCAAAUUCAAGGCAAAAUUUUUCGUUCGAAAUAUAUAAAGUGCAUCGGUCCGAGAUGGCCGACCCAGGCUGGCCCAAAUUGCGCACAACUCCCCAUCGCAAAUUGAGCGCCUCCCUUGUGGAAAUUGGGAAAACCAAUCGCCAUGCAGAUUGCAUUUUCAUCAUUGAAAACUCCGUUGGGAUAAGACGCUUCCGUUGCCACAAGCUCAUCUUUAGUUGCGCCUCUGAGGUCUUUGAUCGAAUGCUGUACGGUGACUAUUCGGAGGCCAGUAGCGGUGAGGUGCGACUGAACGAUGUGGAUCCGGGUAUAUUCGAGAGAUUCCGGGAUUAUCUCUAUGGCUAUGAGUACCAGAAGCUGCAGAAUUAUGAUUUUGACACAUUGAUAAAAUUGUGUGAAUUCGGGAACAAAUAUCUUGUGCAGGCCAUCGAGGAGGAUUGUGUCCAUGAGCUCCUCAGCCGCAAGGAUUCGUAUGGGAUGACGGAGCUGUUGCAGCUCUUCCAGUUUGCACAUCGUCUCAACAAACAGAAUAUGAUCGAACAAGUGGGUUGGGUCUUGAGAUGCAACUUCACCAGUCCCCUUACCCAAUCGGGUGUUUAUGAAUUCAAUCCGGAGGUAUUCAAGUCUUACCUAGAGGUAAUUUCCGGUAAGAUGUCCGAAUCUGAUCGCUUUUGUGUGCUGGAAAUGUACCUCAAGCAUAAUGGCAUCUAUGGCAUUGAUAGUCCCACUGAGGUGGUGACCACAGAAGAUACUCCUCCUGGCGAUGGGGAGGAAUCAUCCGGAGAAUUGACACCAACCAAUGUCCCAGUUCCAGCGGCAGUAGUAGCUGUAGCAGGAGCAGCAGCAGCAGCUGGAGAAACCACUUCCGGUUCCAUGCCCACCAAGGAGGAGGAGAAAGUCAACUAUAUUGCCGAUCUCGUGGGAUUGAUUAACUUUGCUCGUUUCACACCCCUGGAAUUCCACGACGGUCCCGGGCAAUCCAAUUUCCUGACUCUGGCUCAAAAGUAUGAAUAUAUGUACAAGAUUGCGCUUAAUAGCGUUCCGGAUUAUGAUCUCAAGGUGGGAUUAGAUACGGAGCAUUUCUCGGACAAUCGGCGACGUCGGGAUACACCACCGCCCCCGCCACCACCGCCACCACUCUUGUCCUGGCAUCAUGCACCACGGGUCUGUCGUCGUCAUCGCACUGCAGUCGGACGAUUCGAUCUUUAGAGUCUUGAAUUAAUUCACACACAUUGUUUAUUUUUGCCGUUCACUUUAUGCAAAUUAUUAAUUCGAAAACGCAUUGUUGGUUUCGAAAACAAAUGUCGAAUUAAAAUGAGGAGCUUGAGCUUAAUUCGUUUUUAA